GGGGGGUGGGGGAGGAGGAUGGUGCGUUUCCACCGAGGUUAGUCCUUUAAACCGAUCUUUGGAGCGGACAGACAUUUUCAUUCUGUUCACACUCACAGCAAAACAACAAGGAAAAGAAAAGAGGAAGAAAGUUAAGUGGUUUUUUCUUGACUGAAGUGAAGUUCAAGAGUCAUCAUGGCAGACGAAGUGGACAUGCGCAACGAGCUGGCCGACCUGCAGACACGUGCAGAGCAGAUCACUGAUGAGUCCCUGGACAGUACUCGCCGUAUGCUGUCUCUGGUCGAGGACAGUAAAGAUGCCGGCAUCAGGACUUUGGUCAUGUUGGAUGAGCAGGGAGAACAACUUGAUCGUGUGGAGGAGGGCAUGAACAAGGUGAACGCAGACCUGAAGGAGGCCGAGAAAGAUUUAAAAGAUAUAGGACAGUGCUGUGGUCUGAUAUGCCCAUGUGUUAAAAAGAUUAAGGGUGGGGGCCAGGCCUGGGGAGGGAACCAGGAUGGAGUGGUGAACAGCCAGCCAGGGGCUCGAGUGGUAGACGAACGUGAACAGAUGGCCAUCAGUGGGGGCUUCAUCCGCAGGGUAACAGAUGACGCUCGGGAGAAUGAGAUGGAGGAGAACCUGGAACAGGUGGGCGGGAUCAUUGGCAACCUGCGUCACAUGGCCUUAGACAUGGGCCAGGAGAUCGACACCCAGAACCGCCAGAUCGAAAGGAUCAUGGAGAAGGCUGAUUCCAACAAGACCAGGAUUGAUGAGGCCAACCAGCGUGCUACAAAGAUGCUGGGCAGUGGCUAAAUGGCACCUUAAAGUGCUCUCAUCCCUGUUAAACACCAGUGACACCAACCAAACCCCAGCCCUGCCCCCAACAUCAAAUGCCGACAGCAGGGGCUGCAAAGUCAUGCUUUUGUUGUGAUACUGGUAGAAGUUUGCACACAUGCACAUAUCAUACAUUGCUUCACUCCCCUGCUCUCUGCCCUACUCCUACCUAACACUCCAUCCAGUCCCCAACUAUGCUGUCCGUGAUGUCACACUUUGGAUUUUGCUAAUAAAUAGUUCAUUUAAGCAUCAUCCACCCAAACCUUCUCCAUGCUGUACAUAUCUUUAAUGGCUUCAGUGACUUAGAUCACUCAUCAUCCUCUCUUCAUUAUUUUUCUUUUUUUUAAGUCUUUGUAUUAAAAUAAACUGUAUGUAAACCUUAUGUCUAUAUUAUCCUUUCCCCAUCUCAAUAUUCUGGUAUUGUCUGCCUAAGACGCACUGUGUAUUAAUCCGAUAGGAGGUAUUAAUCUACAUGCUAAGGCUGAACAAACACUGAACGCUGUAUAAAUGUGAACCUGUUUAAAUCUUACUAGUUACAUAGUAGAAAUGAAUAUUGCCUGAAAUGUUUUCUGGUCAGGACCUGUAUACCAGUGAAUUACCAACCUUAUUAUUGAAAGUGUUUUAACAAUGCCACAGAUUUUACACCGCAAACAUUUUACUCACAGAGCUAAAACAAGGUUUGAAUUAUAUAUUACUGCAUCAGAAUCUAUCAAAUAUUCAUAUUUGUAUUAUAAGGCUCAGUUUAUAUAAUAAAAGUAAAAGUUGCACUUGUUUUUGGUUUACACAGCAUUGUCGGGGAGCAAAUAUUAAUUAGGCUGUAACAGAGGUCCAUGGCAGAGAGUCCAAGUAUUGAGCAGAUUUUGUGAAGGGUCAACGAGCUCUUCACAUAAACUGACAACCUAUUCCUCAACCAAAGCAAUAGACAUUUUGGGGGGUUAUGGGUGUCCUUUAGUUUGUCAAAGUAUGGAAUAAUUCAUUUAACCAGGCAAACAUAUUCCAAUUUGGCGACAGCAUGCUACAUCAUGUAGCAUACACAGAGAAGGAGAUUAGAUCUGGUUGCAAUAGUGCCACUCUGUUUUGUGUCUCCUUACCUUUCCAGAAUGUGAUCAUCACUGUAAAAUAAUAUGUACCUUGUUAUAUGCCAAUAAAACCAUCUAAACUCUA